AUCAGCCAGAAGAACUGAAAACACCUGUGUGGGUGUUCAGAGGCUUUAACAGGGAAGAGCAACAAACAAGGACUAUAACUACUAAAUGAUACGUUGAGACUGAUUCAGUGCUAACAUGACUCUUAGUUCCUGUGCAGACCAGCAGAUGGAAACAUUGGACAUUUUUCCUCAGACAAUAAAAACAAGGCGAAGCCCACACAGAGAGAGAAAGAGCAGCAUCUCACAGCUAAAUGUGAGAGGAGGAAUCACAGUAAACUAAACCACUGGAGCUGCUGGAGCUGCUGGAGGAGGAAAUAUGGACCCAUGGCCUCCGAGCUGCGACUAGAGAUGUAGUUUGAAGGAUGCCAGCCAGCUUCAUCUCUCGUUUGCUCCUCUUCGUCGUCUCGAUCUGCUCGAUUCGGGAGGCUCUGGCCAAAUCUCUUCCAGAUCAGGGAUCCUUCGAGGUGCAAAUAAAAGUCCAGGUGUUCGACAACAGCGACCUGUCACCGCUGGCGGGCGCUCAGGUGGAAGUCCACGGCAACCAAACCAUCUUGGCGCCCAGCAGGGCGGGCAGCGAUGGCGUCCUGAGGGUCAGCUUCCCAUACCGCACGGGAACAUGGGUCAUCAUCACGGCCUCCAAACAAGACUACGUCACCAACUCGGUGCCCUGGCACUCCAGCCGCAUCCCCCUGUAUGCAUCAGUCAGCCUGUACCUGCUGGUCCAGCGGCCAGGAACACUCAUUCUGUACGAUGACGUGCUGCAGGUGCUGUCUGGCUCUCCAGGAGCUCGUAACCAGCCGCUGGUGCAGCUCCAGAGGAAGUCCCUCCAGCUGCCGUCCAACUCCAACUACACGGCGCUGUCUGCCUCGCUGACCACGGCCAGGACUCAGUAUGAGAUCGGCGGGUUCCCGUUUCUCCUGGGGCAAGAGACCAACAGCUCAGGAGCAGAAACCGGGUGGACAGACUUGACAGCUUUGGCCGUGGUCAGCAUUCAGCUGUUUGACAAAGACGGCCAGGAGAUCCAGGUGUCAGAUCCGAUCCACGUCUCCGUGCCGCUGCCGUCCGACACCCGCAACAGGAUGGCCACGAGUGUUCCUGCUUGGCUGUAUCAGCCUAAGACGGGACUGUGGGUCAGGAACGGGACGGGCUACAUCAAGAAGGACGGCCAUCAGUUUGUGUGGAACGUGGUGGUUCCUCAGAUGGGAUACUGGUUAGCUGCCUUCCCUUCGUCUUCAGGACUGGGUCUGUCUCAUCCAGGCCUGAGGGACAUCACCACCUACCACACCCUGUUCCUGCUCUCCAUCCUGGGCUCGCUGGCCCUGCUGGUGCUCAUCCUGCUCUGUGUGCUGCUCUACUACUGCAGGUGUGGGGAGCGUAGGCGCAGGCGGAAGUGUUUAAAACCUCGCCGCCAGCAAGGGAAACCCCACACGCCCAAUCUAAACGGUGCAAAGAGAGACCAGGGAACGUCCACGUCACGCCUGAAUCUGAUCUGCGGAGGCCACGCCGAGUCCGCCGCCUCUAACGACAAAUCUGACAUCACCCCGUCUCGAGACUACCAGAGCUCCAGGGAGGACUUAACCAAGCAUGUUCCAGCUCACAUGCUGCGACACGCGAAGGGAAAGAACGCUUCAGGUGCCCAGCGGGGCGAAAGCUUCCCCAUGAAGGUGACCCGCGCCACGGAGACCAACAACCUGGACAACCCGCUGCUGCACGAAGACUACACCCGCAGCUACAGCCCCAUGGAGGGCAAGGAGUCCGAAUACCACCGACACCACAACGCCAACGACAAUCGAGGGUACUCCUCCGAUCCGCCGUCCCCGCCUCGCUUCCAAGGCUACGUGCCGAGCCAGACGGACAAACCGCCCGAGUAUUCGGCCACGGCUGCAGACAGCCUCGCCAGACCCACCUCCCUCAACACCCAGGCGGGUCAGAUCAUCUUCUGCAGCUCCAUCGACCAGAUGAAGGAGAACAUGUACCGCAGCAUGGUGCCCACCCUGGUCAUCCCGGCACACUACAUGCGCCUGCCCUCCGAGUUCUCUAAAGACGGCAAAGACCAGAAGGACCAAGAUAAAGAUGGCGCCCAGAUGGGAGGCGGGCAGCACCAUCACCACCACUCCCAACAGCAAGGUGGAUCCCAAGGCGACGACUCGGAGGAUCCCAGCUGGGCGUCCGACUCCUCCGGCGGACCCAUGACCAUCCCUGUGCUCUUCAACGACUCCACCAUGGCUCAGAUGAACGGCGAGCUGCAGGCUCUGACUGAGAAGAAGCUGCUGGAGCUGGGCGUUAAACAGCACCCGAGGGCGUGGUUCAUCUCCCUGGAUGGACGGAAUAACGCUCAUGUGCGCCACUCCUACAUAGAUGCUGGGAAUGACCUCAGUGGCGGCGGAGGCGGCGGCGGUUUAUUCUUAGGUGGCCCCAGCAGCGCUGGACGAGACGUCAACCUUGAGCCACCUCUGGAGUCCCAAGAACGCAAGCCAGGUAUGAACCGGAAGGGAAAAGACGAGCGCUGGGGGACGGGAGGACGGAAGGGCCACGGCGUCAGCAGCAGCGGCGGGAAGUGUUACUCCAAGCUGGCGUACCCCGACCACAGCGAGCCCAGCAGCAGCGAGGGACGCCCGGUCUCACCCGAGGAGAACUCCCUCACCCCGCUCCUCGACGAAGGUCCGUCCUCCCGAGGAUCCACCAUCCCCAGGAGAGGACGCAGCCGCGUGAACAGCAGCCGCAGCAGCAACAGCGAGAACCGCCGCGACUCCAUGACCAGCCCCGAGGACGACCCCGACGACAAGGACGAGAACAAGAAGAGCCCCUGGCAGAAGAUCGAAGACAGGCCUCUCAUGGUCUUCCACCCCAGGAAGUGAGCCGAACUUACCGAACACUUUUAACAAUCUUUUCAAACGCAGAAGAUGUUUUCACCGAGAGAGAGAUCACAAUAAGCACAACCACGCUUCACCGGUCCGUCGUCGUUUUGACCCGUGUGUUUCUGGUGAGGUGCUUUUUGCACUUUCUGAUUUACUCUCGUCGUCUCACCGUCAGUUCCUCUCACUGGUUCCCACCGAGAUGAUCUAUCGUAUACCCAAACGUACCCAGUUUAUCGUGAAUUCUGUCACCUAUCACACCGCUGAGCCAUCGUCUGAGCCAUCGCAUAUACUGACUGUGGAAAUAGCCAUUUUAUAGAGCAAAAUAGAAGAAAGAAGCACUUACUAAUAAUUUGAUAAUCAAUUGAUUGAUAGUUGCCAAGUACUUUGAAGUGGGCGACAUUUUUUAUGGGAUUGAUGGGUGAAUUAGAUUUCCUUCCCUGAACUUAAAAGGAUAGUUUGGGUGUUUCUCAGCGUGGUUGUAUGAGUUACUUCUCCAUAGUCAGUGUAUUCCCUCCAGGAGAUGGAGUUUGGAGUAACAGACGGGAGUACCAGGAUUUUAGACACCUAAAAAAAUCGAUAUCAGUUUAAAUGUACCCCUUUAUUUAGAAUAUUUUCACGCUAUCAGGCAGCCCUUUCUGACGGGGAACUGAAGCCGUCGUAUCUAUCUAAGCU